AUGUCGAUGCCAGAGCCAGAAGUCAGCAAGCGGCCGCGCGAUGAGCUUACGGACCGCCUGAUCAAAGAGGCGCUGGAGGAUGAACAGCGCCGCAAGCGUGAGAAGAAGGGGCUGCCCCCUGUUGGUACUGGACCAGUGACCACCAGGAAGGCCUUCAAGGGCAAGACCCUGGCUGAGAUUGAGGAGGAGGAGGGCGGCCCCGUCAAGGAGAGCCUCGUGGGCAUGGCGCACACAAAGCGCGCGCAGCGGCGGCGCGCGGCGGCGCCUGGCGACACCGACUUGCCCGAUGACAUCGCCGCCGCCGAGGAAGUCUAUGAGGGCGACGAGGAGGAGGAGGAGGAGGAGGACGGCGAGGAGGAUGAGGGGCAGGCCGGUGGCGGCGGUCGCCGCGCAAAGUCCCCAAAGGGGGGCGCCCCGGCAGGCAAGCCUCCCGGCGGCGGCGCACGGCCGGCCGGCGCGCAGAAAGGCGGCGGUCAGGCUGCGGCCGCAGUGGCGGAGCUGCCGGGCGGCGACGCUGCGCCGUUGACGGCGUUCAAUCUGAACGAGGAGCGGGGUGAGGGCCACUUUGACGAGGAGGGCAACUUUGUGUUCGACAAGGAGGACCCCAACGAUCAGGACGAGUGGCUGAGGAGCGACGAGGUGAAGGCACCCGUGAGUGAGGAGCUGAGGCGCAGGGUGGAGGCGGAGCACGCGGCCAUGAAGGCGGCCGAGGCGGCGCCCGCGCUGAGUGAGGCGCAGGUGGCGCGCGCGCAGCUGGAGAUGUCGCGUCUCAUGCAGGCCGGGGAGAGUGUCGCGGCGGCGCUCAAGCGGAUGCGCGGCGGGGGCGACACGGGGCCCAAGAAGGCCAUGGGCAAGCGCGAGAAGGCCCGCCUGGCCAAGCUGGAGGCGGAGCGCGCCGCCAAGGCCGCGGCGAAGGGCGGCAGCGCGGGCGCAGGCUCUGCCGGCGGCGGUGCGGGCGGCGCGUCGGACGAGGCGGGCUUCCAGCGGCUGACUGAACUGGCUGACAUGCUGGUCAGCGCGGGGGAGCUGGACGUUUACGGCGCGACCUGCGAGCAGCUGCGGCGCUGGGCGGCGCUGACGCUGCCGCGGUCAGAGGUGGAGGGGGAGGCCGGCGCCAAGGAGGACGGCGGCGGCAAGCCAGCGGUUGACGUUGACGACGACGAUGACAUGUUUGCCAGUGACGACGACGACAAGCCAAAGGCAGCGGCAGUCGUGCGGACGCAGCCACCACCAGCAGCCCCACCAGCUGCAGCUGCACCGGUAGCAGCGCCCGAGGCGGAUUCUGCAGCAGUGCCAACCACGGGUGCUACGGCGGCAGCCCCACCCAGCGGCGGCAGUGGGGGAGGCGGGGUGACUGAUUACGCAUCAUGGCCGAUCAAGGAGUUGCGGCGGUUCCUGCAGGAACGCGGGCAGGACACUGCGGGCAUCGUGGAGAAGGGCGACCUGGUGGCCCGCGUGAGGGAGGCGGCCGCCCGGGGCCCAGCACGCACGGCGGGCUGA